AUGUACAAUAUAGUAGAGCUUGAUGAUAAGCAUGUUAUUGUAGUAUAUUUGCUAUGUCUGCGCACUGAUUUGCUACCAAGUGAAGUUCAUUCUCGUUGGCAUAUACAACAUACUGAAGCUGAUCAUAUCUCGAAUUCUGUUUCUCAACUUGCUGAGAAGAUUUUUAAAAGGCUGCCGGAGUGUCAUCAUGAUGCUUUAGUUAAUUUUAUGCAAAGUGCUUCAGAGUAUAUUCUUGAGAAUAACAAAAUACCGGAGCUACAAAAAGGUUUAAGUGUUUUACAAAAUAAUAAUAAUAUUUUUGAGACAACUAACGUUGAUACCAUUACAAAUUAUAAGAAAAUUAAGAUGCCUGCAAUUAAGCAUUCACAUGGUCGUCCUGUAGUAACAAGCUUAGAUAAAGUGCUACUAAUAGCUGGUAGAAAUUAUGAUUCACAAAUUCCUCAAAGUGCAAUAUUACAGGUUUAUGACCCACUUGCUAAUAGUCAUUGCGGUUUUUGA